AUGGAAUCGGCUGGGGCGGAGGCCAAGCCCGAAUGGCGGGGUGCUGUCGGUGGCAAAUUCACAGAUCGCAUCACUGCCUUACCUCUUCUACGCAGACAAGUGGAUGUGCCGUUCAAGUAUGGCGCAGCGGAUGGGUUGGCACAGCAGGGAUUCGGCAGGCAGAUGUCUGCAAAUAUGUAUUUCAACGAUCUAGAUGGUCUCCAUCCAAGUCAGGGCAAGCGCAUGUUCAAGACCGUUGGUGGUGAGGCUGUUGCAUGGCGGCCGGGGAGGAGACCCAUCUCACAGCCUGGCUCGCUUCAUGUGGAAAAGCCAGAAGGUUUGGGCAUUGUCGUGCAGAACGCCCCCAAGGUGUACACCAUGACGGAAAAACGGCACAUUCGCCAGGUAGAAUCCAAACUCGAAAUCCAGGACAAACCCUGGGGCAAGAGGACUGUUUACAGACAAAAUGGGCUACGAGCAGUAGAUCAGCCAGCUCUCGAAAUAGAUGUCACUACAGAAAUGGCACGCAAGGCGCGGGUCGGUGACCUGCUGGGCAGGCGGAACUGUAUCGACUGCAGGGCAGGAGGUGACAAGUGUUAUCGCUUCCCAGAAUACGCCCCCAGUUUCUACAAGGCUGGGGGCUUGAUCGCUGGCAGCACCUUCCAUCGCGGAAUGUACAAGAAGACUCAGCCGCGAAACAGCAGCAGUGUCGUCGUCAUCGUUGACUCGACAGGCUCCAGAACACCGACCAAAUCGUACCAAGACAAGCAGGUCGAGCGUGAGGUCGAAGAAGCACAGGCAGAAGUGGUGGCUUUGACGCAGUCCUGGGAAAAUCAGACCUUGAAGGACUGUGUUGCCUCAUACCGGGAGCCAUUGGAUUCCGACGAAGAAGAUGCAGCCAAGAAUGAGGACUCUCCAGCGAAAGAAGACGCUGCAAAGAAGGCAGAGGGCGGAAAGAAGGGAAGUGCGGGAAAGAAGGCCAGGCUAAAAGAUGGCCUUCGAGCGACGCUUGGCAGAGGGGCGGAGCCUGGCAGGGCUGAAGACCAGCUCGUGCAGACUGCCUGGAGAGGGGAGACGCGAACAUGUUCCCUGUACAGCGUGUGCUCCUUGCCCUGGGAGCUGCUCUGCAAGCUCGUGCAGACUGGGCGACGGGCCCUUAGUGGUUUCUCAGAGGCCUACAAUUCUUCGGUUCUGCUUGCACCCACAAAGGGCAACGACGGUCACGAACCGAUCGGCGGGGGAGAUUUUGGAGACCGCCGUGAAGUCAGAUGGAAGCGCCUUGAGGCAGAUUCGCACACCAUCGAGCAUUUUCACAUGGAAGAUAUUCAUUCGUUUUACUGGUGGGACUCAAAGCUCGAGGAAGAGCAAGAGGUCCGCGCAACCAUAGAUUCAGAGGUCCCUUUCGCAGUGCUGAUGGAAGCAAUUGCGGCGGAGCAUCCGUACGACUUGCCCAUGAUCGUGUCGAGCGCGUUGCCACCCGAGGGUGAGGAAACACCUGCCGAUGCUACUAGUGAGCCAAAGUACGUCAUGGGCGUGGCGCUCGUCAAUGGGACGACCGCAGACGUGGCACAGGGACUCGCAAAGUCAAUUGUCGAGGUUAAAUACGCCGCUUGUGCGCAAGUAGAGAAGCACGGCAACUCAGAGACCGAUUUUUACAUUACGCUGAAGACGCUCAGUGCUGGCAAGGAACAAGUUGUGGUGGAUUUUGGUGGCUUGGAGUUUGAGUGGAUGCCCAUCCGGGCCAAUGAGAAGUACGAGAAAUGGCUUGAAGACAAUGUUGUAAUUCGGCAGCAUGCAGCAGAACUCUAG